AAAGGCCAAAAAUUGUGUUCUUGAACUACGCUAUAUAUACGCACUCCUCGCGCAGUGGCGGUUGAGGUGCGCACCGAGUUAACAGUUGCGAUUGUUCGCGUGCUCCAUAAACACAAAAAAAAGCAACAACGAACGCGCGACUCGGUUGUUGUUGUUGCAUUAUGACGCAGCGCCGCCGCCGCCGUCGCCGCACAUAAACAAUCCAAUUUUCGGACGCAACAGCCUGCAGCAGCAGCAGCAGUCUGCAGUCAGCAGCAAGCAAGCACUCGAAUCGACCGAAGCGCGCUCGCGCGGGGACGAGAUUUCUCGUGUUGUGUGUGUGUUGUGUUGUUUUUUUUUUCUUCCUGUUUUGACUCGCUCUCGCUCGUUCUCUGUCUGUGCCGUCUCUCUCUGUGUGUUAUACCGUGCGCUUUUACUCGCGAAGACGCCUUACCGUUGUGUAUACUAUACAUAUUGCGACUGGUUGCGGAGGCUCCAAGAUUAUUGUUAUUAUUAUUAUUAUUAUGUGCUGGUGGUGAGGUGAUUGCCUUCGAUAAGAAGAAGCAUCGAGUGUUACAUCGUGAAAACAACCUCGUCAUAUCAUCGACAGAGAGAGAGAGAGUGUGAGAGAGGAAAAUAAGUCGUCCGGUCGCCAGUGCGGGGCGAGGUUAUUAUGACCUGCGAACGAGACGUCGGCCUCAGUACAGCAUGGCUCGCCAGGAAGAAAAAACGGCGAAAGACUUAAUGAGGGCAUCGAAGUCGUCGAUCGAUCUGUGAUGAGCGAGGAUUACCACAAAAUGAAGUACGAUCGAAAGUCAUCGCCGGAACUGCUGGACCUGAGCGAAUUUCGUCACCGCGACACGAUGGUGCACAUACCGCGCGAGUACACGUACAACUUCUGGGCCAAUCCGUCCGAGGUGGUCAAUCUCACGUGCAUGAUGCCGAACGGCGUCUGCAUACCGCUGGACGCGAAUCGCGAUCAGAUCCUGUCGGAGAUCAAGGAGGACCUGUGGGAGGAGUCGAGCAAGUAUCCGCUGCACGGCCUGCUCAAGGACUCGGCCUCCUAUCUCUUCGUGUGCGUCAACUCGAACGCCGAGUCGGAGGAGCUGAGGGACGAGAGCCGCCGGCUGUGCGACGUCAAGCCGUUCUGCUCGAUACUCAAGCUCGUGGAGAAGGAGGACGCCAAGGCCGAUCGUAAUCUCGACUCGCAGAUCGGUCUGCUGAUCGGCAAGGGUCUGCACGAGUUCGCGGCGCUGAAGAACUCCGAGGUCAACGACUUUCGCUGGAAGAUGCGACUGCUCGGCGACGAGAUCGCCCUCGAGCGCCAGAAGAAGUCCUGGAGCGAGAAGGUGGACUAUCAGUUCCCGACGGGGCUGGCGCCCACCCCCGACGUGCCCAAGAACAUCGAGAGCCGCAUGUCCAAGGACGGCAACGUCAAGAUCGUGGUGAAGUUCGAGAACACGGAGACGUCGUACACGUUCAUGGUGAUGCACGCGACGACGCCGCGGCAGCUGCUGCUGCUGGCCCUCAACAAGCGCGCCAACACGCUGACCCUGCGCGACGAGCGACCGCGCGAGUACACCCUCAAGAUAUGCGGCCGCGAGGAGUACCUCAUGAGCGAUCAUCCGCUCAUACAGUUCGACUACGUGCAGGACUGCAUCGCCAAGGACCUGGUGCCGACCCUCGUCGCGGUCAGCAUCGGCGGCAUACAGGUGUACAAGGACCACGACUACGAGGAUCCGGACUCGGACACGAUGACCCGGGGCACGCGGCCCUCCUUCUCCACGCUAACGCUGCGCAAGAAGGGCAAGUACACGUACUCGUGGAACAUCGAGGACCAGUUCCAGUUCACGGUCAACGGCAUCUCGCGGCUCAACUGCGACGCGGCCCAUCGCAGCGUCGAGAUCGGACUGCAGGCCAGUCUGUUUCACGGCGGCAAGUCGCUGUGCGAGAGCCAGAAGACCCGCGACAUACCGGUGCGCCCGGACGGCAGCUGCGAGUGGGAGGAGCAGCUCGACUUCGACAUCAAGAUACGCGACAUACCGCGCAACACGAGGCUCUGCUUCGUUCUGUACGAGGUCGGCAAGAGCGCCAAGGGCCUCAAGUCGCGCAGGCUCGUGCGCGACUCGUCCGGCAAGCAGGAGUGCUUCAUACAGCCGCUGUGCUGGGCCAACACCACCGUGUACGACUUCAAGAGCCAGCUCAAGACCGGCGCGAUGACCCUGUACACGUGGGCCUACGCCGAGGACAUACAGAACGAGGACCUGCUGCAUCCGCUCGGCACCGUGGUGUCGAAUCCGCACAUCGACCGGGCCGCGGCGCUCAUGAUCACCUUCCCGGCGUACUCGCGCGACCAGCUCGUGCUCUAUCCGUCGCCCGAGAAGAUGGUCGAGUUCGCGCAGAAGCUGUGCGAGUCGCGCGAGAGCUCGGCCGAGUUCGAUCCCAGCUCCGUGAGCGAGAGCGCGCUGCAGCAGCACAUCGAUCAGCUGCAGCUGUUGGCCGACCGCGAUCCGCUGCACGAGCUGCACGAGCAGGAGCGCAAGACCAUCUGGUCGCUGAGGCAGCAGUGCCUGACCAAGGUGCCGACGAUCCUCACCAAGCUGCUGCAGUGCGUCGAGUGGAACGACCACGUCGAGGUGUCCGAGGCCACGUCGCUCGUCCUCAAGUGGCCCAAGCUGCCCGUGGAGCGCGCCCUCGAGCUGCUCGACUACGCCUACGCCGAUCACACGGUGCGCUCGUUCGCCGUCAAGUGCCUCAAGGACGUCAGCGACGAGGAUCUCUCGCUGUUCCUGCUGCAGCUCGUCCAGGCCCUGAAGCACGAGAACUAUCUGUCGUGCGAGCUCACCGAGUUCCUGCUGCGCCGGGCCCUCAACAAUCAGCGCAUCGGCCACUAUCUGUUCUGGCAUCUGCGCUCGGAGAUGCACGUGGGCUCGGUCUCGGUGCGCUUCGGCCUCAUACUCGAGGCCUACUGCCGCGGCAGCCAGGACCACAUGCGCGGCCUGUUCAAGCAGAUGGAGUGCCUCGACAAGCUGAGCAGCGCCUGCGAGCUGGUCAAGGCCAAGAAGGACCGCAAGCAGGCCCAGCAGAGCCUGCACGAGUUCCUCAAGCAGCCCCACUGCCGGGACGCCUUCUACAGCGUGAUGAACCCCCUGAAUCCGAGCUUCAGGUGGCGCGGCAUCAAGAUCGACAAGUGCCGCGUGAUGGACAGCAAGAUGCGGCCGCUCUGCCUCGUCUUCGAGAACGCCGACCCGUUCGGCGACGACGUCCACCUCAUACUCAAGCACGGCGACGAUCUGCGCCAGGACAUGCUCACCCUGCAGAUGCUGCGCAUCAUGGACAAGCUCUGGAAGAAGGAGGGACUGGAUCUGCGCAUGAAUCCGUACAGGUGCAUAUCGACCGACAACAAGGUCGGCCUGAUCGAGGUCGUGCUCAACGCCGACACCAUCGCCAACAUACAGAAGGAGAAGGGCACGUUCUCGGCCACCUCGGCCUUUCGCAGGGGCUCGCUGCUCGCCUGGCUCAAGGGCCACAAUCGGGGCGAGGCCGCCCUCAACAAGGCCAUCGAGGAGUUCACCCUGAGCUGCGCCGGCUACUGCGUGGCCACCUACGUCCUCGGUAUCGCCGAUCGCCACUCCGACAACAUCAUGGUCAAGCAGACCGGCCAGCUGUUUCACGUCGACUUCGGCCACAUACUGGGCCACUUCAAGGAGAAGUUCGGCAUCAGGCGCGAGCGCGUGCCCUUCGUCCUCACCAACGACUUCGUCCACGUGAUCAACAAGGGCCAGACGAAGAAGGGCACGGCCGGCGAGUUUCAGCGCUUCCAGAGCUACUGCGAGCAGGCGUUCCUCGUGCUGAGGCGCCACGGCAGUCUCAUACUGUCGCUCUUCGCCAUGAUGAUCUCGACGGGCCUGCCCGAGCUGUCCUCCGAGAAAGAUCUCAUCUACAUCAGGGACAUGCUGGCGCUCGAGGUGAACGAGGCCGAGGCGCUCAAGAUCUUCCGCGCCAAGUUCGACGAGGCCCUCUGCAACUCGUGGAAGACGUCCCUCAACUGGGCAUCGCACAACAUGGCCAAGAGUAAUAAAGCGACUUGAACGUUUAAUUUUAAAACCACUCUACUUGUACAUGUAUAAAUAAAUGUAUCUUUUUCAUAUGUAUGCUUAAGCGAUACGUUGAUGAGAAUUGUUCGUUUCAAACGUGACGUACCAACGCGCUUGAUAAUUACUUGUAUUGUAAAAAAGAAAGAAAAAGAAAUCAAUCUUUGUUUGAUAUUGCAAUCGCGUGAAAUGUUAUGUGUAUUGAAGAGCCAUUUAUAUUUUUUCUCAAUUGGUCUACAUUAAAUGUAUAUCAAUAACUUCUAUUUAGAAUGGUAGCGUCACUUUAAUUCACAGUGAAUUGAUUUUGUAAGAUAUAUCUGUGAUUUAUUUGAAUAAAAAAAUUGUUUAUUUCAUUCGCUAUAAAAAUAUGUGUAAUAUUGUUACUUAUAAUACGUGAGCAUCUUCACCAAAAAAUGUAUCGGUAUACGCAUGCAGGUGUUUAUAUUAUAAAUUAUGAUGUGAGAUGUGUAUGUACAUAA